AUGGUGAUAAAGGUUGGAUUUUAAGGCGGGGGCAGCUACCGGAAAGACGUGCUCUAGUUGGAAGGUGGAGUGCCCGCCCAGGCGAGUGCACCUUAUUCUGCACCCCUGCGCCUGCCUCGGGAACUGCACGCGGCACCCCCACCCGCGACUCCCACGCAGACGGUAGUGAGGCCUGCUGAGUUCUGCGGGCGGACGGCGCUAAUGGUUUGUUCCGCCCUGCCCACACACAGGCAACCCCCUGGUUCCUGCGACAUUUCAGGAACCCUCUGCAGGAAGGGGCUUGCUUGGCCUUUGCCCUCAGACUUAAGGGUCGAUGUCGUUGUCUUUAAUCUGUCCCGCACUCAGCCUCAGACUGGGUUCCAGCCUCUGCCCUCGGACUUGUCCCUCCUAAGCCAGUACACCUCUGCCUUCAGACCUGGGAAGAGGUCUGUACCUCUGCUCUCAGACUGAAAAGGGGCUUCUUCAGGCUGCUCUUAAUCUGACCUCAACUCCUCUCUCCCCAUCAAGACACUCAUAAGCCCAGCAUGGAGGACAUACACAUACACACAGACACUCAGUGAGGGUCAAAGAUCUUUAAAU